AACAUGGCAUGAAGCUCACCGUAGCUUGUAGGUUGGGAUUAGGACAAAUCCAGUGAAACUGAAAACUGUAAAGACUGAAUAGUUAAAACAAACAAACAAAAACACCACACACGCACCCGUGGUUAGCAACACUUUGAUUUCAUUUCAUUUUGAGAACUCAUUCAUUCCCUUUUUCUUCAUCGAAACAAUUUAUCAAUGGCUGCUUCUGUUUCCGCUUCACAUCUCUGUAUUUCAACAAUCACCACUUCUUGCAUCCCUUCUUCAUCUUCUUCUUCUUCUUCUUCUUCUUCUUCUUCAUGGAAAGUAUCCUCAUCAUCCUCACGCUCCACGUGGCAGAAACGUGUCUGUUGCAGAGCUAUGGUUCAGAUUCAGACUGGUGCACCCGCCGCUUAUGCCAAAGAAAUGGAACGCCUUUCCGCUAAAGAGUCGCUUCUCCUCGCUUUUAAAGAUGCAGGGGGUUUUGAGGCCUUAGUCUCUGGGAAGACAACUGAAUAUCAAAGAAUUGAUGUGAAUGAAAGGAUAACUGGUCUCGAGCGGCUUAAUCCAACACCGCGACCCACGACGUCACCCUUUCUGGAAGGGCGAUGGAACUUUGAGUGGUUUGGUCCUGGAUCUCCUGGGUUGUUUGCGACUAGGCUUAUUUUUGAGAAUUUUCCUUCAAGUUUAGCUAAGUUGUCAAAAAUGGAUGUCUUUAUCAAGGACGGAAAUGCAAAGAUUACUGCAAACACUACGUUUUUAAACUCGAUAGAAAGCAGAGUUAUUCUCUCAACCAAGUUAUCUGUGGAGGGUCCACUUAGAAUGAAAGAAGAGUAUGUGGAAGGGAUUCUUGUGUCACCAACAGUUAUAGAAGAGAGAGUACCAAAUCAGCUUAAAGGUGCACUUGGGCAGGCAGUUAAUGUUUUACAACAGCUUCCAGUACCUUUACGCGAUGCUCUUGCCAAUGGGCUAAAAGUUCCUCUAAGUGGAAGCUUUCAGAGACUCUUCAUGAUUUCUUAUCUUGAUGAGGAGAUACUUAUAUUAAGGAACACAUCUGGGAUUCCAGAAGUAUUAACAAGACUUGAUGCAUCGCCGUCAUCUCUAGGAGAAUCAAGUCCAGAGUAUGUAAGCUAGAAGUUAUGUAUGGAAAAUGAUUUUUUUCCCUCCUUAUUUGAGGUGUUAAAUCAAAUUCCUGUUCCUUUCAAGCCCCCUACAUGAAUAUAGAAGUUUCAAUUUGAAGCUGAUACCAUUUCUUAGUAAACCAUAUUUCAUGUUUUAGUAUCACAACAAAAGUGUGAUGUAGAACUUGAGUAAUACUUUUCAUACAACCAAUAGUGAAAUAAAAAAUCUGCCUGUGAUCUAUGGAGAUACUCUGGAAAUAUAUAAUUAUUGGCCUUUAUUUUUGUUGC